AACGCCUCGGUGGUUUUGAGUCUCCCGCGCUCGUCCUCGUUUUCUCUCUCUCGCUCGCACGCUCGCUCGCUCUCUCUCGCCGGUUGCGUAAGAGGGUUAGUUAACCACUUUGACGUUGUGUUCCUUUUUGCUCUUCUCAGUGGACUACUGCUACUCUGUCGUGUGUUUUGUCUGGAGCCUUGGUUUAGCGGGGUUAAGGCUCGAGCGAUAUCUGCUUGUCUGCGGAGAGCAGCGUAGCUUUUGUUGUUGCGGAGGUUCGUGCUCGCAGCAGGAUGGGCGAGCCAUACCCCGAAACCGAGGAGUUGCUCGACUAUGAGGAGGAGGAAGAGGCGGCGCCCGACGCCGUUGCGGCGAAAACCAACGGCGAGACUGUCAAGAAGGGUUACGUUGGGAUUCAUAGCUCCGGAUUUAGGGACUUUCUUUUGAAACCUGAGCUUCUCCGGGCCAUCGUUGAUUGUGGGUUUGAGCAUCCGUCUGAAGGUAAUAAUUUACACCAGUUCUUCGUCUGCCCGUUUGGAGCCGUUUAAUCUGAGCUGCUUUAACAUUUAGACAUUUUAUGAAUGCCAUCUUAACACGGGCAGUUCCAUUAUGGGUGGUGAACCAGUUCAACAUGAGUGCAUACCACAGGCCAUUCUCGGGAUGGAUGUGAUAUGUCAAGCCAAGUCAGGAAUGGGGAAAACCGCUGUCUUUGUGCUUUCGACUCUACAGCAGAUUGAGCCCGUUGCGGGUCAGGUCGCUGCACUAGUACUGUGUCACACUCGUGAACUGGCCUAUCAGAUCUGCCAUGAGUUCGAAAGGUUUAGCACUUAUCUCCCCGAUAUUAAGGUGGCGGUUUUCUACGGUGGUGUUAACAUCAAAACGCACAAAGAUCUUCUAAAAAACGAAUGCCCUCACAUUGUCGUUGGUACACCCGGUCGAAUUCUGGGUUUGGCCCGAGAUAAGGAUUUAAGCCUGAAAAGCGUGAGGCACUUCAUUCUUGACGAGUGUGACAAAAUGCUGGAGUCGCUUGAUAUGCGAAGGGACGUACAGGAAAUUUUUAAGUUAACCCCUCACGACAAGCAAGUAAUGAUGUUUUCUGCCACAUUGAGCAAAGAGAUUCGACCAGUCUGCAAGCGAUUCAUGCAAGAUCCCAUGGAGAUUUAUGUGGACGAUGAAGCAAAACUCACCCUUCACGGACUCGUCCAGCAUUAUAUCAAGUUAAGCGAGGUGGAGAAGAAUCGCAAACUCAACGACUUGCUGGACGCUUUGGAUUUCAACCAGGUGGUGAUUUUCGUCAAGAGUGUCAGCCGUGCUGCUGAGUUAAAUAAGCUGUUGGUGGAGUGCAACUUUCCUUCCAUUUGUAUCCACUCGGGGAUGUCUCAAGAGGAGCGAUUGACACGGUACAAAGGUUUCAAGGAAGGGCAUAAGCGUAUACUAGUUGCUACUGAUCUUGUUGGCCGAGGCAUUGAUAUCGAGCGUGUCAAUAUUGUUAUCAACUAUGACAUGCCAGACUCUGCGGACACCUACUUGCACAGGGUUGGUAGAGCUGGUAGAUUCGGAACGAAGGGUCUAGCCAUUACUUUUGUGGCCUCGGCUCCUGAUUCAAAUGUCCUAAAUCAGGUUCAAGAGCGAUUUGAAGUGGACAUCAAGGAGCUCCCUGAGCAAAUCGAUACAACCACUUACAUGCCAUCAUGAUUUGGAGCUCAUCCCGGCUCUGACGAGUAGAAAAACUGGCUGUUUGAGGUUCUUAAUCAACAAUCACAGAUAUGGGAUGGCGAUCUUUAGUCCUUUGAAAUUUAGUCGUAGUGGUUUGUGCAGAUGUUAACUCCUGCAUUCACUUGUUUAUUCAGAUUGGAUAUACUCCACAUUUUGAGUUGGCAGAAGUUGUUUCAAGCACUUCGCCUUCUGUA